AUGCGCAAGCAGCUCGAUCCUCGCAUCCCCAUCCUCAUCAACAACAAUGUCAAGAAGAACCACCGUUCGUUCAUAGUUUUGGUCGGAGACAAGGGUAGAGACCAGAUUGUGAACCUGCAUUUUCUGCUCUCUCAAGCACGCAUCUCCGCGCGUCCUUCGGUGCUAUGGUGUUACAAGAAGGACUUGGGGUUUACAACUCACCGCAAAAAGCGUGAAGCGAAAAUCAAACGGGAGGUGAAACGGGGAACCCGUGAACCCAACGAGCAGGACCCAUUUGAGAUCUUCAUAACUGUUACCGACAUUCGCUAUACGUACUACAAGGAGUCACAGAAGAUUCUCGGACAAACCUUCGGCAUGUGUGUACUGCAAGACUUCGAAGCGAUUACUCCCAACCUCCUCGCGCGGACAAUCGAGACGGUAGAAGGGGGAGGUCUUGUCGUGAUUAUGCUUAAGACCAUGAAGUCGCUUAGGCAGCUGUACACUAUGACAAUGGACGUCCACUCCCGCUACCGCACCUCCGCCCAUGACUCUGUCGUCGCGAGGUUCAACGAACGUUUCAUCCUCUCCCUUGGCUCCUGCGACGACUGUCUAGUUCUAGACGACGAGUUGAACGUGCUCCCCAUUUCACGAGGCAAGGAUAUCAAACUGCUGGAGGAAACGCGAGGGAAGGGUAAGGAGGAGUCUGAGCUGAAGGACCUCAAGGACAAUCUGGCGGACACCAAGCCUAUCGGAGACCUUGUCAAACUGGCAAAGACGAUUGACCAAGCCCAGGCCAUCCUCACUUUUGUCGACGCGAUCGCAGAGAAAACACUGUCGUCGACGGUCACUCUUACGGCUGGUCGUGGUCGAGGGAAGUCUGCGGCUUUGGGACUCGCUAUCGCGGCAGCACUAGCCCAUGGAUACUCAAACAUCUUCGUGACGAGUCCAAGUCCGGAGAACUUGAAGACGCUGUUCGAGUUUAUCUUCAAGGGGAUGGAUGCCCUCGGAUACGAAGAGCACCUGGAUUAUGAUAUUGCGCAGAGCACAAAUCCGGACUUUAACAAGGCGAUUGUUCGGGUAAACGUGUUCAGGAAUCACCGUCAAACCAUCCAGUACAUCCAACCCCAAGAUGCUCACGUCCUCGGUCAAGCCGAACUAGUCAUCAUUGAUGAAGCAGCAGCUAUCCCUUUGCCGCUAGUACGCAACUUGAUCGGGCCCUAUCUCGUUUUCAUGGCCUCCACCAUCAACGGCUACGAAGGGACAGGUCGCUCACUAUCCCUGAAGCUCAUCCAGCAACUUCGUGAAAGCACUCGCCCUUCACUCACAAAAGAUGCUGUGCCCACAGAGGACGACGCCGCGACGGCCUCAUCCUCCAAAAAGCCCAUUGCGAAGGCCGCACCAAAAGCGCGAACAUUGCGCGAGAUCAAACUCGACACUCCCAUCCGUUACGCACCCGGCGACAAGGUCGAGAAGUGGCUGAACAGCGUCCUCUGCCUCGACGCGACGGUCGUCCCUCGCCAGACGCAUAUGAGCUGCCCGCACCCAAGCAAAUGCGAGCUCUUCUACCUCUCGCGCGACACCCUCUUCUCCUACCACCCCGCGUCCGAGGUCUUCCUGCAGCGCAUGAUGGCGCUCUACGUCGCGAGUCACUACAAGAACCAGCCGAACGACCUCCAGCUGCUCUCCGACGCGCCCGCGCACCACCUCUUCGUCCUCCUCCCGCCACUCAAGGACGACGAGACGCACCUGCCCGAGCCCCUCGUCGUCCUCCAGGUCGCGCUCGAGGGCAACAUCGCCCGGCAGGCGAUCCUCGACGGCCUCUCCCGCGGCUUCCGUGCCGGGGGUGACAUGAUCCCCUGGCUCGUCUCGCAGCAGUUCCAGGAGGGGAAGUUCGCACAGCUCUCGGGCGCGCGCGUCGUGCGCAUCGCGACGCACCCGGACUACGCGAACAUGGGCUACGGCGCGCGCGCGCUCCAGGCGCUCAACGCGUACUACUCGGGCGAAUACUUCGACGUCGACGAAGCCGCGAAGGCGGAACAGAGCUACCCCGACCCGGCGAACUUCGACGAGGACACAAACCUGCUCACGGACGAGCCUAGGGUCCGCGCCGUGUCGGCGAUGCCGCCGCUGCUCCAACGUCUGACGGAACGGAAGCCGGAGAUGCUCGACUAUCUCGGGGUGUCGUAUGGUCUGACCCCGCAGCUACUGAGGUUCUGGAAGCGCGCGGGGUACGUCCCGCUGUACCUCCGCCAGACACAGAGCGAGCUCACGGGCGAACACACCUGCGUCAUGGUCCGCGGCCUGAACUCAUCGACGGAUGAGGAGCUGCAGUGGCUUGGAGAGUUCACGAAGGAUUUCCGCAGACGAUUUUUGAUCUUGCUCUCGUACAAAUUCCGCGAGUUCGGGAGCGUGACGGCGCUGAGCGUGCUUGAAGCGACGAAUGGUGCAUUGAAGAGGUUUGACCAGGACGCUUCGCGAGAAUUGGUCUCGACGGAACUGUCAUACUACAUGUCACCGUUCGACCUGAAGCGCCUGGAGUCGUACGCAAACAACCAGCUGGAUUACCAUGUCAUUAUGGAUCUUUUGCCACACGUUGCGCAGCUGUUCUUCGAGAAGCGAUUCGGCGCUGAAGUGCAUCUGAGUGCAGUGCAGAGCUCGAUCUUACUCGCUUUGGGGCUUCAGAGGAAGGUGAUCGAAGAUGUCGAGAACGAGCUGCAGCUCCCUGUCUCCCAAGCCCUUGCUCUCUUCGUCAAGGUGAUCAAGAAGCUAAGCAAGAAGCUCCAAGACGUGCAGAAGGCUGCGAUCAGCGCGACACUCCCCGCCCCUCCACCCACCGAGCGCACGACCGAAGAUGGUGAGCGCGCGACGUUCAAGCCACUCGCGACCGCGCUCGAGGACGAGCUCGAAGAGGCCGGCGACGAGGCGGAGCGCGCGAUGCGCGAGAAGCAGAGGGCCAUGAUCGACGCCCUCGACUUGUCCAAGUACGCGAUCGACGACGGGUCAGCAGACUGGUCCGCGGCGGAAGCGCAGGUCGGGCGUCUCGCGUCGGGCGCCGACGGCAAGUCCACGCUCGUCUCCGUCAAGCAGCAGGGGGCGGGCGCGCUGGCCGCGACGGGCAAGAAGCGCAAGGCUCCGGAGGACGCGGCGGGCGGCGGGGGUGGGGAGAAGAAGGCGCGGCGGAGCAUGAAGAAGGGCAAGCGGUAG